GGCGAGACCGUACAUGAGCUGGUGGAAGAACCGCCGCGCCUCCACCUCAGACAAGUGGGGGUGCGGCUGCCGGUUCUCGCUGUCCAUCAGACGCUCCAGCAAAUCACCAUCUAAUCCACACACACACACACACACACACACACACAUACACAGAUGUAGAUCCACACGAGCCCACAGAUCAAGUCUCGUGACGGCCAUCGACCAUGACUCGAUGACAAGGAGGAUCUUGGUCCGGCUCUGAAGCACUGCAACAAUAUGACAUCACACACACGUCGAUUGACCGAUCCACAGCCAGGCAAUCAACAAGGAGAUGAUCAGUACCAGAAUUACAUACCACUCCAUCGAGCAACCGACUGGUCCCGCUGCAGAGGGAGACAGAGGGGCAAUGGGAGCUCCAAGCUAUUCACUGAGAGAGUGAGAGAGUGUCUCUAACUGACUCAGUCGUGCGUCCCUUCAUGCCCACACUGACAUGUUGUCGCUGAAUGGCUGUGGCCUCGAUGAUGGUCAGCAUUGCUCGACACUUCAGCCCCCUUUGUAGAGCGGCAGACAGCUUGGGGGAAGUACAGAGGAGCCAGCCAACCACCAUGCCGACACACGACACGUUGAACCGUGGCGAUGUACACCCUGCGUGCUUUCACACGGCGUGCCAG